AUGGCUAGAGCCCGUGACACGUUGUAUAUUAUUCCUGACACUGAUCAACCUGCCUUCGGGGAAGUGAACCAGCUCGGAGGGGUGUUUGUCAACGGGAGACCCCUGCCCAAUGCCAUCAGGUUGCGGAUUGUGGAACUGGCACAACUGGGUAUCAGACCGUGCGACAUUAGCCGGCAGCUCCGCGUUUCUCACGGCUGUGUCAGCAAAAUCCUGGCUCGCUACAACGAGACCGGCUCCAUCCUACCGGGGGCUAUCGGAGGCAGCAAACCUCGGGUCACCACUCCCACGGUGGUAAAACAUAUCCGGACCUACAAACAAAGGGAUCCGGGCAUCUUCGCCUGGGAGAUCCGGGAUCGCCUGCUGGCCGAUGGCGUAUGUGACAAGUACAACGUGCCGUCGGUCAGCUCCAUCAGCCGCAUCCUCCGGAACAAAAUCGGGAACCUCUCUCAGCAGAGUCACUACGAGUCCUACAAGCAGCACCAGCCGCCCCCACAGCCUGCUCUGCCCUACAACCACAUCUACCCCUAUCCCAGUCCCAUCGCUGCUGCAGGAGCCAAGGUGUCCACCCCUCCCGGGGUUCCGACGAUCCCCAGCACCAUGGCCAUGCCCAGGACGUGGCCGUCCUCUCACUCAGUGACGGACAUCCUGGGGAUCCGGUCCAUCACAGACCAAGUGAGCGACACUUCGCCUUACCCCAGCCCCAAGGUGGAGGAAUGGAGCAGCCUGGGCCGAAACAGCUUCCACCCGCCGGCCCAGCACUCCGUGAACGGGUUGGAGAAGAGCUCCCUUGAGCAGGAGGCCAAGUACAGCCAGGUGAUCUGGAUGGCACCCCAUUCGAACCCCAUUUGUGAGACCUGCCUCUUACUGGCCACCUGCUUCCACAGCCAAAACACAGUGCCCUGCCCACCAACCCACAUGGCUUCAGGGCACUCCACCUGGAUGAAACUAAUAAAGAAAGUCAGAGAGGCACCCAAUGGCCUCCCAGCUGUCAGCAGUUUUGUGUCGGCACCAGCCAUGCCUCCCUACGCCACACCAGCCCAAGUGUCACCUUACAUGACGUACAGCGCCACUCCAUCUAGCUAUAUGGCAACCCAUGGCUGGCAGCACGCUGGAGGCACCCCGUUGUCCCCUCACAGUUGCGAUAUCCCUGCCUCGCUGGCGUUCAAGGGCAUGCAGACAGCCAGGGAGGGGAGCCACUCUGUCACAGCCUCUGCUCUCUGA